AUGACUGAAGCUGCUGGAGGCAAACUGGAACAGGUAGACCUGGUAAAUGCCAACAUUUUGGCUGCAGGCGCCAACAAGAAAUCGGUCCGGGUCGUAAACGGACUCGGAUCGUUGAUGGGAUCUAAGAAUAUGGUGGAAGUUGAUUUCGACGCUGCCAAGGCCCAGGCUCAAGCCGGUGCCAAUGACUCCAAUAUGGAAUAUCUACUGAAACGCGAUCAGGAGGAAAAAGAACGCUACAGUGCCAACCGUCAUAUCUCAGAACAACCCUGGACUCUCAACAACUGGCAUCAACACAUUAACUGGCUCAAUAUGGUGCUGGUAUGCGCGAUACCAGCCGCAGGCUGGUAUUUCGCGCUUUCCGGCCGUGCCCCAUUGACCCGCAACAUGCUUUUGUUCUCCGUGGUUUACUACGUGCUAGGCGGUGUUUCUAUCACAGCCGGCUACCACCGGCUGUGGGCGCAUCGGGCCUAUUCGGCCCGCUGGCCCCUACGGCUAUUCUUUGCGUUCUUCGGUGCCGCUUCCGUGGAAGGCUCGAUCAAAUGGUGGGGCCACUCGCAUCGUAUUCAUCACCGUUACACAGACACUAACAGAGACCCCUACGACGCCCGUAAGGGUCUAUGGUACUCGCAUAUGGGAUGGAUGCUUCUACAGCCCAACCCUAAAUACCGUGCUAGAGCCGAUAUCGACGACUUGACCGCCGACUGGAUCGUCCGGUUCCAACACAGACACUACAUCCCAAUCAUGUUCUUCAGCGCGUUUGUGCUUCCUGCGCUUCUAGGUAAAUAUCUGUUCAACGACAUGUUGGGCGGCUUUAUCUACGCCGGGAUCUUGCGUUCGUUCUGCAUCCAACAGGCCACCUUCUGCAUUAACUCGCUAGCACACUACUUGGGAGACCAACCCUUUGACGAUAGAAGAACUCCUCGCGAUAACUGGAUCACCGCAUUGGUCACUUUCGGUGAAGGCUACCAUAACUUCCACCACGAGUUCCCCACGGACUACAGAAACGCUAUCAAAUGGUACCAAUACGACCCCACCAAGGUUUUCAUCUACGUGUCGUCCGUGAUCGGACUCGCCUUCAACUUGAAAAAGUUCUCCCAAAACGCUAUCCAACAGGGUAUCGUUCAACAACAGCAGAAAAAGAUUGAUCGUCAACGCACCAAGCUCAACUGGGGCACUCCGCUCACCAAACUACCGAUCUGGGAUAAGUCCGAAUUCAUGGAUAAUGUCAAGGCUAACCCGGGCCUCGUGGUUAUCUCCGGGAUCGUUCACGACGUGUCCGGAUACAUCACAGAACACCCAGGUGGUGAAACGUUGAUCCAAGCGGCCCUGGGCAAAGACGCCACUCGUGCGUUCAACGGGGGCGUUUAUUUGCAUUCCAACGCUGCCCACAACGUUUUGGCCACGAUGAGAGUCGCAGUGGUCAAGGAAGGCGUCGAUGCGGCUACGAAAUUCGCCGCUAGAAGAGGCGAAGCCGUCGAGGGCAAGAAGUUGGUGUAA